UUCAACAUUUCCUCAAAAAUAACUGAUAUAUAAAAGACAUACUGUAUGAAUAUUUUUGCACCUGUUUCAAUAUGCUUAAGUGACUUUUCUAAGAGAGAAGGGUUUUGUCAAAUGUUAGAUAUGAUAAGCGCGUACUAUGCGAUAAGCGCUUAUAUAAAAAUCAUUUCGUAAUGAUGAAUUCGACAGUUAGCAAUUUAAUAAGCGAAGAAAUAGAUUGGUCUUCAGUUUUAACGAAUGAGUUCUUCGCAAUGAAAGGGAUAUACUUAGUGGCUAUUUUAUAUGUGGCCACGUUGAGUGCUGCUACCCUCAACAAAUCAUCAGUGGCUGAUUUUCUGACAAAAUGUCCCAAAGAUAAUCCAGGAAACAAAACAACGUUUAUACCUCAUGAAAAUGACUGCACGAAAUUCUACAGUUGUCAUAUGGGAGAGAAAGGGGAUCCAUUAAAGUGUCCUGUCAUGGACAACAAUGGCAACAGAUUACAUUUCAAUCCUAAACUUCAGGUAUGUGAUUGGCCAUGGCGAGCAGGAUGUGAGGUAUUGUCAUCAACUACAUCAUCAAGUACUCCGACGGUAACAAUCCCAUCAACGAGUACUUCUACGACGACGACCCCGACACCGAGUACUUCUACAACAACAACCCCGUCACCGAGUACUUCUACGACGACAACUCCGUCACCGAGUACUUCUACAACGACGACCCCGUCACCAAGUACUUCUACGACGACGACCCCGUCACCGAGUACUUCUACGACGACAACUCCAUCACCGAGUACUUCUACAACGACGACCCCGUCACCAAGUACUUCUACGACGACGACCCCGUCACCGAGUACUUCUACGACGACAACUCCAUCACCGAGUACUUCUACGACGACAACUUCGUCACCGAGUACUACAACGCUAACAACUCCUCCAUCGGAUUCUUGCGUGUCGGAUGACAAAAUACAUCUACUUCCCCACAAGACUAUGUGCGAUCAUUACUAUUCAUGUCUUAAUGGUAAAGUGGAUCCCAUCCCUCAAAAAUGCGAUCGCAAUUUAUUAUUUAAUUCAAAUCUUCGUGUAUGCGAUUAUCCGGAAAAUGUAAAAUGCGAUACUACCAUUCCAUGGACUACGGAUAUCGUGUCAUCAACUAUCCGCUCAUUAAUUACAACGUCGCCAAAUCCGUCGUUGACUUCAACAUCGUUUUCUCCAACGCCGAGAGAAUCAAUAGAGCCAUCUGCCUGGGUUUGCGUACCAAACGGCAAGAUUUACAAGGUUCCCCAUGAGUAUUGGUGCAAUUACUAUUAUUGGUGUGUUAAUGGGGAAAAAGGUCCAGAACCAGUAAAAUGCCCAAGUUAUUUAGUAUUCAAUCCAGUGGUCGGAGAAUGUGAUUACCCAGAAAAUACAGACUGCAGUGGCAGAGGUACUCCAGAACCUACAAAACCUACACCUACAAAACCUACACCUACAAAACCUACACCUACAAAACCUACACCUACAAAACCUACACCUACGAAACCUACACCUACGAAACCUACGCCUACAAAACCUACUCCUACAAAACCUACGCCUACAAAACCUACGCCUACAAAACCUACGCCUACAAAACCUACACCUACAAAACCUACACCGACACCAAAACCCGACAAACCUCGUAAGAAUUGUCCUCCAAAGGGUUCAACGGAAAAAGCACGGAUAGCACAUCCAUGUCUAUGUAAUCAAUAUUAUGAAUGCGUAGACGGUGAAAAAAUAUUAGAAACAUGUUCAUUCGGCAAGCAUUUUGACUACGUAAGAGAGGUUUGCGAUUGGGCUGCAGUAGUAAAGUGUAUUCGGCCAUUACCGACCUUUGACAUUCCAAUAUUUGACGUUCAAAUUGAUGACUAUAAUAUUACAUGCGCCCCAGAAGGACGAACAUUUCAGCAUGAAGCCGAUUGUUCGGCUUUUUAUUUAUGUUCAAACGGUGAGAAAACUUUAAAGCACUGUAUAGAAGGACUUCACUUUAACAUGACUAUCCAGACAUGUGAUUAUCCGCAAAAAAGUUGCAAUUUAAAAAAUUCCCUGCCGACAAUUGAUCUAAAUGUUUGCCCUCCUCCAGAUUAUAUAAAAAAAGUAUUUUUGCCUCACGAAUGUGAAUGCACACAAUAUUAUGAAUGCAUUGGUGGAAAAAAAGUUCUUCGAUAUUGUCCAAAUAAUCUACAUUUUGAUCACGUUAGACAAAUUUGCAACACUCCAACUGAGGUCAAAUGUGUCGAUCCCAUAGCUUCGACAACGUCUAGAACAGUACCCAUAACAACAACUACAAAAGCUAUUGAUAAAUCCCGCAUAAUGUGUCCUUCCAAGGGAUCAAUCAAGAAAGCACAGUUUCCUCAUCCAUGUCUAUGCAAUCAGUAUUAUGAGUGUGUGGAAGGCGACAAGGUAUUACGAAAAUGUCCGAUUGGGAUGAACUAUGAUGAGGCAAAAGAAAUUUGUGAUUGGGCUGCCAAUGUGAGAUGUAUCCGGUCACUUUCAUUCCACGACAUCCUAAUUAGCGACCAUGAUACUAAAUGCCUCCCGGAUGGCAGAGCGUUUCAGCAUGAAGUUAAUUGCACUGAGUACUAUUUAUGCUCUAAUGGUACAAAAAUCUUAAAAUCCUGCUUAGACGGACUUCAUUUCAACCCUAGUAUACAGAUGUGCGAUUAUCCACAAAAGGAAUGUGAUCUAAGUACACAUCUGCCGACAGUCGGUCUAGGUGUUUGUCCUCCCACAGACUCUGUAGAGAAAAUACUAUUGCCCCAUGAGUGCGAAUGUACGCAAUAUUACGAAUGUAUUGAUGGAAAACAAAUUCUUCGAGAUUGUUUGAAUGGUUUAUAUUAUGAUCAUGUUCGUCAGAUUUGUAAUGAGCCGGCGGAAGUCAAAUGUGCCAAUCUCGCACCAACAAUUCCUACAAAACGGUCAUCCAGCACUUCUGAUUCAAAUAAUUGUUUGAACGAGAAGAACGAAAUGCCUCACGAAUAUGAUUGCAGAUCUUACUAUAAAUGCAGUAAUGGCGAGAAGAUCUUAAAAAAAUGUCCCAAAAACUUAUACUUCAAUCCAAAACUUCAAGUUUGUGAUUUUCCAGAGAACGUCAUCUGCGACGCUGGAUCUGAGAACGUCCCCAGUAUGCCAACACUAAGUAAGUGCGGCAUGACAAUGGGAAUCACCAAAAUUCCUCACGAAACCAAUUGCAAUCUAUACUACAUCUGUGAAAAUGGCGUUAGUACUCUUCAAAAAUGCCACUCUCAAAACCUUGUUUUCAAUCCUAUUUUAAAAGUCUGCGAUUUCCCAGAGAACUAUAUUUGCAACCUAACACGUGCAAAAAGUGAUCAAUCUACUUGCAUAGGUACUUGUCCAGAAGAAGAUCCUGACUACGCAGUGUUACUUCCGAACGACGAUUGCAAGAAGUUUUGCAUGUGCAGCGGCGGUGUAGCUUGGGUCCAAUCAUGUCCUGAACCUCUCUAUUUCGAUUCUGUCCAGAAGGUUUGUAAACGGAAGAAAGACGCUGUUUGCGCGAAACGUUCAUUAAGUCAAGAUAACGCAUUCACGAUUGUUAAAAUAGGCAAUAAUGAUAAUUCGUGGAAAUCUCUGAUCGAUAGAGACAAUAAUGAACAUGGAAUUUACGACAAUCUCGAUCCAUCUACUUGUAUCGGUACUUGUCCUGAAGAAGAUCCUGAAUUCGCAGUGUUACUUCCAAACGACGAUUGCAAGAAGUUUUGCAUGUGCAGCGGCGGUGUAGCUUGGGUUCAAUCAUGUCCUGAACCUCUCUAUUUCGAUUCUGUCCAGAAGGUUUGUAAAGGGAAGAAAGACGCCGUGUGUGGGAUACGCACAUUCAGUCAAGAUAAUAUUUUCACGAUUGCUAAAGUAGGCGAUAAUGAUAAUUCGUUGAAAUCUCAGACAUUCGAGGGAGACAAUAAUGAACGUGGAAUUUAUGACAAUUUCGAUUCAUCUACUUGUAUCGGUACUUGUCCUGAAGAAGAUCCUAACUACGCAGUGUUACUUCCAAACGACGAUUGCAAGAAGUUUUGCAUGUGCAGCGGCGGUGUAGCUUGGGUCCAAUCAUGUCCUGAACCUCUCUAUUUCGAUUCCGUCCACAAGGUUUGUAAAAGGAAGAAAGACGCCGUUUGCGCGAAACGUCCAUUAAGUCAAGAUAAUGCAUUCACGAUUGUUAAAAUAGGCAAUAAUGAUAAUUCGUGGAAAUCUCUGACCGAUAAAGACAAUAAUGAACGUGGAAUUUACGACAAUCUCGAUCCAUCUACUUGUAUCGGUACUUGUCCUGAAGAAGAUCCUGAAUUCGCAGUGUUACUUCCAAACGACGAUUGCAAGAAGUUUUGCAUGUGCAGCGGCGGUGUAGCUUGGGUCCAAUCAUGUCCUGAACCUCUCUAUUUCGAUUCUGUCCAGAAGGUUUGUAAAGGGAAGAAAGACGCCGUGUGUGGGAUACGCACAUUCAGUCAAGAUAAUAUUUUCACGAUUGCUAAAGUAGGCGAUAAUGAUAAUUCGUUGAAAUCUCAGACGUUCGAGAAAGACAAUAAUGAACGUGGAAUUUAUGACAAUUUCGAUUCAUCUACUUGUAUCGGUACUUGUCCUGAAGAAGAUCCUAACUACGCAGUGUUACUUCCAAAUGACGAUUGCAAGAAGUUUUGCAUGUGCAGCGGCGGUGUAGCUUGGGUCCAAUCAUGUCCUGAACCUCUCUAUUUCGAUUCUGUCCACAAGGUUUGUAAAAGGAAGAAAGACGCCGUUUGCGCGAAACGUCCAUUAAGUCAAGAUAAUGCAUUCACGAUUGCUAAAAUAGGCAAUAAUGAUAAUUCGUGGAAAUCUCUGACCGAUGGAAACAAUAAUAAACGUGGAAUUUACGACAAUCUCGAUUCAUCUACUUGUAUCGGUACUUGUCCUGAAGUAGAUCCUGAUUACGCAGUGUUACUUCCAAACGACGAUUGCAAGAAGUUUUGCAUGUGCAGCGGCGGUGUAGCUUGGGUCCAAUCAUGUCCUGAACCUCUCUAUUUCGAUUCUGUCCAGAAGGUUUGUAAAAGGAAAAAAGAUGCCGUUUGCGCGAAACGUCCAUUAAGUCAAGAUAAUGCAUUCACGAUUGCUAAAAUAGACGAUAAUGAUAAUUCGUGGAAAUCUCUGAUUGAUAGAAACAAUAAUGAACGAGGAAUUUACGACAAUCUCGAUCCAUCUACUUGUAUCGGUACUUGUCCUGAAGAAGAUCCUGAAUAUGCAGUGUUAUUACCGAACGAUGAUUGCAAGAAGUUCUGUAUGUGCAGCAGUGGCUUCGCGUGGGUCCAAUCGUGUCCUGAACCUCUCUAUUUCGAUUCUGUCUACAAAGUUUGUAAACAGAAGAAAGACGCUGUUUGCGCGAAACGUCCAUUAAAUCAAGAUAAUGCAUUCACGAUUGCUAAAAUAGGCAAUAAUGAUAAUUCGUGGAAAUCUCUGACCGAUAGAGACAAUAAUGAACGUGGAAUUUACGACAAUCUCGAUCCAUCUACUUGUAUCGGUACUUGUCCUGAAGAAGAUCCAAAGUAUGCGGUUCUACUUCCAAACGACGAUUGCAAGAAAUUUUGUUUGUGCAGCAACGGCUUAGCGUACGUUCAGCCGUGUCCUGAACCACUUUAUUUCGAUUCUAUAGAGAAGGUCUGUAAACAGAAGAAAGAUGUUGUUUGUGCAGUACGCACGUACGAUCACUCAUUUGUCGACAAUUCAUUGAAAUUUUUGAUCGAUGAAGACAAUAAUGAACGAGAAAUUUACGACAAUCUCGAUCCAUCUACUUGUAUCGGUACUUGUCCUGAAGAAGAUCCUGAAUAUGCAGUGUUACUUCCGAGACGAUUGCAAGAAGUUCUGUAUGUGCAGCAGUGGCUUCGCGUGGGUCCAAUCGUGUCCUGAACCUCUCUAUUUCGAUUCUGUCCAGAAAA